GUUCUUUAACUAACCCCACUACAGCUACCACUAUCGCAACCUGGGGAAUUUUAGAACCCUUUCAAAAUGACGCGCUGUAAUUUAGCAUGCCGCGUUCAAUAACCCAUUCACUCUUUAAACUUCGAAAACGUAGUCGCGAAUUGAAAAACGGCUUACCUUCAAACCAAUGAACUCGAAACCCUCAAUCGCUCUAAUUAGAAAAUCGCAUCAAGAAUGGAUAUCGACGACAUUCUGCGCGAAGUCGACCCUACCUUCAACUCGAUCCCCGAAGAAACACGCGACCUUCAAGCGCUAACACGAGCAUGGAUGGCCGAAAGAUCGUCGCCCGAACUCCUCGACUGGCCAGUUGAUGGGUUAUUUGAGCGUGUCAACGAGCGCAUAAAACAGCAGAUUGAGAAAAUCGAGGAUAUGACUGGCGACAUGGAUCCAAAGACCAACUUCGCCUUAAUCGUCAUACAAACCGAACUCGAGCGCUUCAAGUUUUUGGUACGGAGUUAUUUAAGAGCUCGCAUAGCUAAGAUCGACAAGCAUACCUUACAUUACCUCUCCACUCCCGCGCUCCGAGGGCGUCUCUCACCAGCGGAACUAGCGUAUGCGACGCGACACCAGGCCUUACUACAUAAUCACUACCUAUCAUCCUUCUUAGGGUCAUUCCCGCCGCCCCUCCAGAACCUAAACGAUACUGCUGGAAACGUUAGCAUGAUCGAUGCGCCGGACCUCGAUAUGGCAGUAUUUAUUCGCUUGCUUAGGGAUACAUUAGUCGAAGGUCGAGGUACUGACGCUGACGGCGAGAUGGAUGGCAAGAAUGGUGAUGUUGUUAUCUUGAGGUGGUCCGAUGCGAAGAAGUUGGUCGACUCGGGAGUGGCGGAGAUAGUAUGAAGCAUAGCCCGAUUUUUGAACAACUUCGCUCGGAUGUGGCUUGGAUGGUCGCUAUAAACGUUCUGGCUACGGCGGCUAUAGCGACGGGACAUAUUAUACUGUUUCUACGAGGCCUCUUCACGCGUUCCAUCCCUACGCGACAAGUUGAUAUUGUAUACCAUCAGCAGCCCAACAUCCUCUAUUGCAGAGAGCAGCUGCUGUGGUGGCAUGAUAUAGCUACCUAGGUAUGUCGAAGAACGCCGAGCGCGCUACGGGGUUUCUCACUGGGCGUGAACCUAGAGAUUGGGUUUUGGCCGUUACCUCUAACUCAAGUCCGUGUGCUCCCCAAAUUGAUCUGAAGUUAACACAUGGGAUAUCCCUUGGCACAUCGACUCGGCAGUUUAUUGGGGUUAUGAGUGAGAACGGCUAGGCACCGUUAGAUUCGGUACCUUCACUUCCCAACGAAUCUUAAAAGGUAGAUUGAUGCUAUUAUCCUUUGGUCUAAUCUGAAGAAUCGUAUAAUAAAUAUAAAGAGUUAAAAAGCUAUUUAUUUUCUAAUGUGAAAGAAUCGUGUCUACUAACUAGUAUUCUAGAAAAAUAGG